AAACAUUCUAGCAACUGGGCAGAGAUUAGUGAACCUUAUCUUUUAACUAUAAAACCUAAUCUGCCAGCAGGCCCCACAGCUUCCAACAGCAGCUGCUGCUGAAACCCUGAUAAUUGAACCCAAGGAGCUGAUCAUCAUGGCAGAGGACAAUUUAUGGUAUGAAGGGAUACCUUUCCCAAGGGGUUUUUACAAACCUGAAAUCCUCAGGAAAGCACGCGAAGAGUUUGUGAUAAAGGAUGAAGAUGUACUAAUAAUCACGUUCCCCAAAUCAGGAACAAACUGGUUGAUUGAGAUUCUCUGCCUGAUUCAUUCCAAGGGGGAUACCAAGUGGGUCCAGUCUGUGCCCAACUGGGAACGCUCACCCUGGAUAGAGGCUGAGAAUGGGUUUGCAAUAGCGACUAAGAAGGAGGGCCCACGCUUGCUCACCUCCCAUCUCCCCAUCCAUCUCUUCCCCAAGUCUUUCUCCAGUUCCAAGGCCAAGGUGAUUUAUCUCAUAAGAAAUCCCAAGGACGUUAUUGUAUCUGGCUAUUUCUUCUGGAAUUCAGUGAAUUUGGCUAAGAAACCCAAGUCAGUGGAACAGUAUCUUGAAUGGUUCAUGGAAGGAACUGUGCCAUAUGGGUCAUGGUUUGACCAUGUUCGUGGUUGGAUGUCCAUGAGAGAGAGGGAGAACUUCCUGCUCUUGAGUUAUGAAGAGCUGAAACAGGACACAGAAGGAAAUAUAGAGAAGAUUUGUCAAUUCCUGGGUAAGAAGGUAGAGCCAGAAGAACUCAGCCUAAUCCUCAAAAAUAGCUCCUUUCAGGCCAUGAAGGAAAAUAAGAUGUCCAAUUUCUCCAUGAUGAAAUCUCACUAUUUAGUUCACAAAAACCCACUUAUGAGAAAAGGAGUAACUGGGGACUGGAAAAAUCACUUCACGGUGGCCCAAGCUGAAGCCUUUGAUAAACUAUUCCAGGAGAAGAUGGCAGACCUUCCUCAGGAGCUGUUCCCCUGGGAAUAAUGUCUAAAAUAGUUCUGGACCUUAUACUGAUAGUGAUAUUUCUUCUCCUCCUGUCCCUGUAUGGGUGUGUGCCUGGGGGUCAUUGCAUAAAAACUAUUAUUUCAUCCUGGA